CUUUAGCUCCUCCGACUUUCACCAAACUACGUAUCUUGCAAGACAGAUACUACUUUGGCUAUUAAAGGAGUUUUGCCUACUUCCCAAAGUGACAUUUUCCUUCCAAAAGCUAUCGUACACCCAUAAUACAUUGACCAAGCUUCUUUCUCAUCUCUUUCAUUGCUUGAGCACCUCAACUUCUACCCCACUCCAAAAUGGCUGACGGUCUUGGGGCUGUUGCGCAGCUCCUUGAGGCAAGUUUGGACCCAAGGCAAAACAAGCAAGCCGAACUUGCCCUUCGCCAGGAGGAGAAAAAGCCGGGCUACUCUUUGCAGCUUCUUCAGAUUACUGCCUCCGCCACCUACCCUUAUAACACCCGCCUGGCCAGUGCGCUUUGCUUCAAGAACUUCAUCAAGAGGAACUGGACCGAUGAGGAUGGAAAUUACAAGCUUCAAGCGGACGAGGUCACCACGAUCAAGCGGGAGCUGAUCAGUCUGAUGAUCUCCGUGCCUGCAGGCAUCCAAAGUCAGCUCGGCGAAGCUGUCAGCGUGAUUGCUGAUAGUGAUUUCUGGGAGAGAUGGGAUACCCUAGUGGAUGAUCUUGUUUCCCGGCUCCAACCGACCAAUCCAACUGUCAACAACGGCGUCUUGCAGGUUGCGCACUCAAUUUUCAAGAGAUGGAGGCCGUUGUUCCGGUCGGACGAGCUUUACAGUGAAAUCAACCAUGUCCUAGAGAGAUUUGGUAGUCCCUUCUUGGCUCUAUUCGAGGGAUUGGAUGCCUUCCUUGAACAAAACAAAGCCAACAAAGACAACCUCAUUCAAGGAUUUACCCAGCUCAACUUGAUGGUCAAGUUGAUGUAUGACCUCUCUUGCCACGAUCUUCCACCGAUGUUCGAAGAAAAUAUUUCAGGGAUAGCUUCACUUUUACUCAAGUACCUCACAUAUGACAAUCAACUGCUGCACACCGAUGAUGACACGGAGGCUGGACAAUUGGAGUUCGCUCGCGCCGGGAUUUUCCAAGUCUUGACCCUGUAUGUCCAAAAGUACAUGGACGAGUUCAAGCCUCAUGUCGGCCAAUUUGUCGAAAGUUCCUGGAACUUCCUGACCACGGUUGGGCAGGAAACCAAGUACGACAUCUUGGUCAGCAGAGCACUACAAUUCUUGACUUCCAUUGCAGGCAUGACUGAGCAUGCAGUAGUCUUCCAAGCCGAAGGCACACUUGGCCAGAUCAUUGAAAAGGUCAUUUUGCCUAACGUCAGCUUGCGUGAGUCCGACGAGGAGCUCUUCGAGGACGAACCCAUCGAAUUCAUCCGCCGCGACCUCGAGGGCUCCGACAGCGAUACCAGACGCCGUGCCGCUACCGACUUUUUGAGACGGCUGUCCGAGAGAUUUGAAGAAUCAGUCACCACGGUUGUUCUCAAAUAUACGGAGCACUAUCUUGCGGAGUACGCCAAGGAUCCUGCUUCGAAUUGGAAGGCUAAGGAUACCGCCACUUAUCUUUACUCUGCUAUCGCAGCCAAGGGCGUCGCUACUGCUAGCCACGGUGUAACCGCCACAAACUCGCUCAUCAGCAUUACCGACUAUUUCCAGAAGCAUCUUGCUGCCGAUCUCGUGAACAGUGAGGGAGUACACCCCAUCCUCAAGGUGGAUGCCAUCAAGUAUCUGUACCUCUUCCGGAGCAUAAUCACCAAGGAACAAUGGCAAGAGGUGCUUCCCAUGCUGGUCAACCAGCUUGGUUCUUUGAACUUUGUCGUAUACAGCUAUGCAGCAAUUGCUGUCGAGCGAGUACUGUACCUUGCCGACGGCCAGGGUCAGCCAAUCAUUGCUCCUGCUACGAUUACUCCCUUGGCCAAGGAUCUACUCGAACACAUUUUCUCUCUAAUCGAAAAGGACCCUGCCCCCGAGAAGGUUCAGGAGAAUGAGUUUUUAAUGAGAUGUGCCAUGAGAGUUCUUAUUGUCAUCAAGGAGGGCGUUGUCCCCCAUACUGAUAGUGUGCUUCAGCACCUAACCAAUAUCACGACAGUGAUUAGCCGCAACCCCAGCAACCCAAGGUUCUACUACUUCCACUUUGAAGCUCUAGGUGCCUUUAUUCGCUUUGCCGCCCCUGCCAACCCGGAGAAGCUGGAACAAGCUCUUUACACGCCUUUCGCCGAGAUUCUCCAAGGCGACGUUCAAGAGUUCAUGCCUUACAUCUUCCAGCUUUUUGCCGCUUUGCUCGAGGCCAAUCCUUCGGGAACCCUACCGAACUAUUACCAGAACCUAAUUGCUCCUAUCCUCAUGCCUGUCAUGUGGGAGUCGAAGGGUAACAUUCCGGCGCUUGUGCGCUUAUUAUCGAGCAUGAUUCCUCGUGGCGCUGAGUACAUCAUGCAAAAUGACCAGGUUGCACCUAUCCUUGGUAUUUUCCAGAAGCUGCUCUCGACCAAGACAAACGAAGGUUAUGGAUUCGAUCUGUUGGAGGCGGUCGUCACCGGAUUCCCACCCGCGACACUUGAGCAGUAUUUUGUCUCCAUCAUGCAGGUCAUCCUCACCCGUCUCCAGAACUCGAAGACCGAGAACCUCACUAUUCGAUUUGUUCGUUUCUUCCACUUCGUCUCCGCUCAGGACGAGAAGGGCUACAGCGCCGAUUUUUUCAUUCAAGUGGUCGACAAGGUGCAGCCAGACCUCUUUACACCUAUUUACUUGAACAUCAUCCUACCAGAGACACAAAAGCUUGCCCGUCCAUUGGACCGCAAGGCUGCUGUGCUGUCGUUCACCAAGACUCUGGCUAACUCAGAAGCAUUUACCAGCCGCUACAAGAAGGGAUGGGCUUUCACCUGCGAGGCUCUUCUCAAGCUCCUGGAGCUCCCCCCUCUCCCUGCGAGCAAGGAUGACAUCAUUGCCGAGCACGACGUUGAGGACAUGGCAUUCGGCGUUGGCUUCACGGCACUGAACAGCAUCCGGCCCGUGCCCCGUGACCCUUGGCCCGAAACCGGUGCCGAUCUCAAGGUCUGGACUGGAAAGUACUUGAAGGAGGCCGACGCCAAGUACAACGGGCGGAUAUCUGGCUUCGUUCAAGAGCGUCUGGGAGAUGAUGCCAAACGUGUGCUCACCAGUUACAUCGCAUAAGUCAAUCUACCUUACUCAACAUUCCGAGUCUAGGUACUUUGCUGGAGUUACUUGAUUUUUGCAUAUCUACCCUAAAUAAACCGUGGAGAGGGAUGUUGUGUGGAUGCAAGCAGCCCUCUGUAUGUCCUGAUGAAAUAUAAAUGAACAUCUUAACCUGUUUGAUGAUUACAUGUACUU